CGGUUCGGUCAACAAAUGCAGAAGUAGACGAGGUGUGAAGGGAAGGAGUCGAGGGAGGAGCGAGGUCGACAACGACGACCCACCGCACCAGUUGAUAGUUCCACACUCUCGUGUUCGCCUUUCAUCGCAGGGUUUUCCAGACUUCUUCUUUUAAGGAAACCGAUCCUUUAUCAACCAUGGCUGUCGAGGGCGGAAUGAAGUGUAUCAAGUUCCUGGUUUUCUUUUUCAACUUCAUCUUCUGGCUGUGUGGCUUAGCAUUGAUUGUCGUGGGAAUCCUGGUUCAAGUGCGUUUUCACAAUUCCCUGAUCAUCCAUGACGUGUCGGCCUCAGCAGCUCCCAUUGUUAUCAUCGCAAUCGGCGUGGUGAUUUUCUUCAUCGCCUUCUUCGGCUGCUGUGGUGCCUGGAACGAGAACCACUGCAUGGUCACCGCGUUUGCCAUUUUUCUCUUCGCGAUCAUUGUUGUUGAGAUUGCGGCAGUAAUCGUUGGAUACGUCUACAGAGAUAAACUCUCGGCCAUCGUCCAGGAUAGUCUCAACGACAUGAUUUCCGGUUACAAGAACGGCACCGAGGAAUUCAAAAAGGGUUUGGAUCAUCUGCAGAAGGAGUGGAAAUGCUGCGGCGUGAACAGUUCCUCUGACUGGAAAAACAACUUUGGUGAUGGAAACUCGGUGCCCGACUCAUGCUGUUUGACUCCCUCUUCCGGCUGUGGAAAGGGUACAAUGACGGACGAGGCCAAAGUGCACCAGCAGGGUUGUCGCGAGGCUUUGGAGGCCUCCCUGAAGAAAAACAUCCUGUGGGUGAUAGUGGCAGCUCUCGUUAUUGCUGGACUGCAGAUAUUGGGCAUCGUGUUCUCCUGCUUGUUGAUGAAAGGCAUCCGCAGCGGCUACGAAGUCAUGUGAUUCACCUGCACACCCGAGGAGUUGUCCGUUUGUGUUGCACUUAUUGGGAUCUUUUUGUAUGUUCUUCCCUCCGAUAUAAAGCUGGUUCUUAUGCAUUGA